AUGACGACACUUCAAUCAACACCACUCUUUACCGCAACUCGACUGCAAAUAUGUACCUACUUAUUUGGGGUCUGCCCCUUCUCCAUUGCCUUUCUAGUCUUCCUCAACUCUUCCGUUUCCUUCGUUGUCACGGAGCUCAUUGGCCUUCAUGAAGGAGAAGGCGAUGCUGUCGGUACCUUGGGUUUCGCUGAUGAACUGCUCGCUUUGGCCGCCUGUCCCUUAUGGGGAGUGCUGUCGGAUCGCAUUGGAGUCCGUAAUGUUUGCGUGGCUGGCUAUGGAAUCAUUGCUCUUGCCCUAGUCGUGUUUGUUCAGGCAACCAAUGUUUAUCCCCAGCUUCUCUUAGGACGUCUGCUGUUCAGUUUUGGAGGCGCCGCGGUAUCGACAAUGGUCACGGCCGUGCUUCCGGCCGUGGCCGGGUCUUCAUCACAACCGUACAUUGUCGCAUCAAGUCGUUUGGCAAAGAAGACGCACUCCUCUAGACUAGCAGGAUAUGUUGGAAUGUGCGCUGGAAGUGGUGCCUUGGUCGCCCUUGUUGUCUUUCUACCCCUACCUUCCCGACUUCAGCAGUGGGGGAUCUCACCACCAGAGUCCAUCCAGUACAGCUAUUAUGCCGUCGCGAUCGUGUCUGUGCUGGUCGCUAUCUUCUGUUCUUUCGGGCUGAGGCAGCUGCCCGGGGAAGAGGAGAAAUCUUGGGACUCUUUAUGGGCCGGAGGAUCACGGGGAGGGCUUGAGGCCACAUGCACCGGUGAUGACCGGCAUGCUGAUUAUGGCAAGCUACAUUUGCCUUAUUUUCAACAGCUGGGAGCUGCCCUGAUGUUAGGUUUCCGGAACAGUGACAUUUUUAUUGGCUAUGUGGGCGGCUUCGUGGCUCGAGCAUCAUCAGUCGGGAUCUCGUUAUUCAUUCCCCUAGCGGUCAACAGCUACUACCGACAGUCUGGUCUAUGCCAAGACAACAACACGAAUGGCAUGAGCUCUGAUUCUGUGAAGCAGUCAUGCCGUAAAGCUUAUGUGCUGGCUUCGAUCCUGACCGGUGUUUCUCAACUAAUUGCGUUGGUGGCAGCACCGGCCUUUGGGUAUAUGUCCGAGCGAUCGCGACAAUAUCCGAUUCCCCUUUUGGGAGCGUGUGUGGCAGGGGUGGUCGGCUAUAUCACAUUUGCGCUGCUGCCCAGUCCAGACUUCAGAGGGCCCCACGGUAGUCCUGGCGUGCUCGUUGUGAUGGGGCUAGUUGGGCUCAGUCAGAUUGGUGCCAUUGUCUGCAGCUUGUCCGUCCUUAGUACCGGAAUACUCCGUGCGAGCGCUCAAUGUCGGGUAAGGGAUGAGUAUGAUUCUUCCCCUUCCACUCUCUAUGGUGAGGAGACAGACGACGACCGGUUGUCGGCCGAUGGAACUGAAGGCGACCAAGAAGAGCAGGCUCUGCUGCCCUCGGCUCCGGAUCAAAACCAGCAGCCCUUGGCUCACCUGAAAGGCUCUAUUGCUGGAGUGUAUUCCCUGUAUGGUGGCGCAGGAAUUUUGGUGCUGACCAAGGUCGGCGGCUUGCUAUUUGAUGUCCUCUCAUCGGGAGCUCCGUUCUAUAUCCUGGCAAGCUUCAAUGGAGUCCUGCUGUUGGUAGGCAUAGCCUGUGGAGUUGUUAGGCAUUCCAAAACUCGCUAG